UUUAUUACCACACGUUUCUUAGAACAGCUAGGUUCUGGGAACAUGAUGGCGUUAACGUCACAGCUCAUACAUUGUGAGGUAGGCUGCCUACGACUGAUAUAAUUCCUUAUAUUAUAGGAUAAUGAAAACAACAGGAACUUAUUCACACGGUUGCAACAAGAACACAGUAUCAUCAAGAUAAGAAACCCACUUGAGAAUGAGAUCCUGCAGCUUCUCCUGAGUUCAUAACUUCAAUCAACAUCUCCCCCUGUAAAUAUCCAAAGAAUAUACAUGUCUGGAUCAGGCCAUACUCUUCUACUGGAAACAGUCAGUCGAACAACUUCAGGGGAAGACUACAGUGGACAAAUGGGUUGUCUGCAGUCCAACGGUUCAUCCUGUGAAGGCUCUACCAUACCUGAAACACUGAGUGACGUCACAGUUCACCUGCAUGGCGGGUUCUCUGAAUGCCUCCCAGUUGGGGACACAUCCAGAUCUGUCGAGGAAAUUAUCAAAAAGUUACUGAUCAAAUACUACCCUACAAUAGGACCAGCGGCCAUUCAUCUGUUUGGACUUGCUAUACUUGACACGAAAAAAAAUGACCGCUUUAUCUGGAAGAGUCCGCGCUGCAUGAUAAAAGACCUGCAGGGACAGACUACAAAUGAUGCAAAUUUGAAAAUAUUUGUACGAGUGAGAUUUAUACCAGCGAAAGAUAGACUGUCGAAGUUGAAAAUUUUUGGAAGUGAUGUGAUAAGAUAUCUGUACCAUCAACUGAGGGAGGACUUGAUAAGUGAGCGAAUGAAGAACAUUUAUGGGUCACGCAACCAACUGACCUCGGCAAAAUGUCGCGGUCUGGCUGUCUUGAACAUCCUGAUCAACAGUCGUAUCGAGAAAAAAACGGUCGAAUAUAUUCUGGAACAACACAAACUAAAGGAUUUUCUGCCACCCAGUGAAUGUGUUGCGUUUUUGAAACGAAUGAAACUGGAAAAAAACAUGAAAGAUCAUUUAAGGAAAUUCGACCAAAGUCAUCCGGAGAUGAGUACAGACAUUGAGGAAUUGAUGAGCGGCUAUGUACGUGAUAUUCUUAAAGAGAUGCUCGACUACAGCGUGGAACAGUACGAUGCUAACGUCCUGGACAUGGGCAAACGCAUCCCCAGAAAAGUUCUCGUUGACAUCCAUCAUCAGCCAAGUGGAGUUUUCAUUGAUGGUAUUCCAUUUUCAAAAAUAGAAGAGCUUUGUUCUGCGAGCAUAACUCCAAAUUACCUGAACAAUUCUAACACCUGGAAUGUCCAUCUUGACCGCACCAAUGGUAGACCAGAGGUGUUGGAGUUUGCGAGUACGGAAAUCGCGGAGUCAUUCGUGUCUUGCUUGGAUGGAUACUAUCGCCUCAUCCACGACUUCUACUUCAGCUUGUGCAGCCAAAUGGAACCAAUCUCCUUACAGUCACUCAAACGUAUCAAAUCACAUGGCCCAAUUGAGACAUCCUGUGCCAUUGGAAAACUUAAUUCCAAGAUGGAUGACCAGGAGUGCUACUAUCUUUGUAAGCAGGACGUCAAGAAUUUCGACCAGUUUGUCCUCGCUUAUCCAUCAAAGGGUCAAAUCAUGACAGAGAUUGUACAACAAGAGAGUGGAGUCUUCUACUUGCUGCGUGACAAGGAGAAAUCCUUCCCCGACCCGGGGCGUCUGGUGCCCUACCUCAUGCAGACAGAGCAUAACAAUAUCCUCUCUAACAACAUGAUACGACUGAAGCCCAAUGUUGAAGUGUGUGGCGUAUUAAAGAGAUUAUUUAUGGAAGAGGUGGAAGCCAUUCCUGAGGAAGACAUACAGCACAAAGAAGACAGUGUGUUGUCAAGGCAAUUUCAACCAAUCAUUAUCCCCGAGUCACAUCUGGAAAUGAAGAAACUUAUAGGCAUUGGUAAAUUUACACAGGUGCACGAAGGUACCUACAAGGACAACAAGGCCGUGGCAGUAAAGUUUCUGAGAAUGGGAACCUCUCCCCAACAGUUGUAUAACUGUCUCGAGCCUUUCCUCUAUGCCCUGCGUCAACAAAUGAAAUUUCGGGAAGUUGAGGAGCCUGCCUUCUUUGCUGGUAUUCUUGGCGUGUGUAUGACUAUGCCCAUCAAAAUCGUCAUGGACUACGCCAAGGAGGGAUCACUGUCUCACUUCUUCGCCAAUCGGCAAACGGACCAGCCAAUUUACCUCCGCCAUCUUGUUUAUGCAGCCACACAAGUUGCACAAGGACUCUUUCAGCUGGAGGAAAGAAAACUCCAUCAUGGCAAUAUUUGCUGUCAGAACAUUCUGGUAUACCGUUACGACAUGAGUGAGAUCCUCGUCAAGAUCGGAGAUCCUGGCAUGAUACAGGUGUAUGAAUCUCCAUUGAUGGUUAACAACGAAAAGGUCAACAAGAAGAGACUUCCAUGGAUUGCACCAGAACUGCUUGACAAAGAUAAACAACACAGAGCGAACAUGAAAUCGGACAUAUUCGCUUUUGGCACGACGGUGUGGGAAAUGUUCGCGCUGGGAGAAAACCCUAUUGAUAAACCACCUUUAUCGUCAGUCUCAUUUGAAGAACAAAAGAACUUAUGCCGGUCAGAUAAGAGCAAAUUACCCCCCACUGAAGGGUUGAAGUUAUUUGACACAGACUCGAUCCACAUCAAAAAGUGUAAGAAGGCUAUGUUGGAGCUGAUCAUGAGGUGCCGGGUUUUCUGCCCUGACGAUCGCCCUACGGCCAAGGAGCUUGUUCGUGAUCUCAACACUUUGACCGCUUCCUAUGCUAACGAAUACCAUGACUACGAUAAAAUUCCGGACGAUGAUUAUCCAUUAUGGUCCGAUGCUGAAACUUCAGGAAUAUCACCUGAUGCUGAUAGUGAUGAGGAAGUUCCAGAUAUACUACACAGCUUUCCGACACCACAUGUACCCAGCAUUCCUGAUGAACAGUCAAGACGCCUAGUUAUAGAGAGACCCAUGCCUUCCGUACCUGACUUGGAACUGACGAAUCCAAGGCCACCUAUUCCCACACAAGCGCCGUCUCAACACGGCCGUCCUCCUUCUAGGCCCCUACCACAGCCUAUAACAGAUCAUUCAACCAGGCCCCUACCACAGCCUAUAACAGAUCAUCCAACCUGGAUUAGAAGCAACCGAUUGGAGAUCUCGCGGGAAAUUAUUGGAGAGGGACACUACGGGAAGGUGAUGAAAGGCUACCUGAAGAGCCUUAAUGAACGGAUUCUGAUAGCGGCCAAGUGUUUAAAGGGCAAUGAUUACACUUCAGUCCUCCAAAGUCGGGAAUUCACGCAUGAAUCGGUGAUGAUGGAAAAGCUCAAACAUUUCAACAUCGUUCGAUUCCACGGCAUCUGUGACAAUAUGAUCAUUAUGGAGUAUGUUGACAACGGUGCUAUGAGCGUGUUUCUAAGAGAACGGAGGAAAUCUAAUAACUACAUGACCGCAGACAAACUAAUGGCCAUCAUGCUGGACAUUGCCAAGGGAAUGAAAUAUAUGUCUGACAAAGCGAUCAUUCACUCCGAUCUAGCUGGGAGAAAUAUUCUGAUGACAAAAGACCUUCAUGCAAAGAUCUCCGACUUCGGCCUUGCAAGACACUUGUCUGAUGGGAAGGACUACUACCGUAGAUCGAAGGAAAAGGAGCUGCCAGCAUCAUGGUGUUCCCCCGAGGGUCUGAGUACGCUAAAAUUUACAACUCUCGGAGAUGUGUGGAGUUAUGGUGUUGUGUUGUGGGAGGCAUAUACACAUGGCAGGCGACCAAAGUAUGGAGAGGAUUUCAAAAACAUCGUCCAGCGUCUUCAUGAUGGGGAGCGACUCGAGCGACCUGAUGGAGGACAGAGAUGUCCGGAUAGAGUAUGGGACCUGAUGAAGUGGUGUUGGAAAUAUAUCCCACAUGAGCGGCCAUCAUUUCAGGCAAUUCAAGAAGAAUGCAGUGAACUAUUAGAGGCAUUGAGAUCACAGACUGGAGUUGAGGAGACACAAGCCAAUCCCAGUUUACUGGAGCCUGUCACAAGAGGACGUACAGUUUCACCUCCUAACAUUGGGAUUACCUCCCCUGAACCAAAAAAAAGCACUCCUACCUCCCCUGAUGUCAUCAGACCUACUUUCCCUGAGCCUGCUAGACAUUCUCCGAGUGACAGAGUUACCCCCCUUGGUACAUCCUCUCCGGUCAGUCCAAUUAGUCAACCAUUUAACAGAGAACUACCUAGAAAACCCAAAGAUGAUCUACAUUUUCUGAUUUCCCAGUCGGAGCUGCAGGUGAUGAAAGAUGUUGUACUUGGACAGGGGGAGUUUGGCUGUGUGUACAAGGGAAGAUACAAACAGAAAGAUGUCGCGGUCAAGGUCAUAGAGGAAGGUUGCUUCCAGAAACGCAAUCAUGACUUGUUUUGGGAGGAGGUGGAUGUUUUUGGAAGAGCGUCACAUCCAAAUAUUGUCACAUUUGUUGGAUUCAUCAGAGAUGCCCACUUCCUCGUGAUGGAGUUUGUUCCGAAGGGAUCCUUGUCAGCCUAUCUAUCGCUGUGCAGUGCUGGCAAGGAAACUCUCUCCCUUCGACAGAACCUCGGAAUCAUGAACGAUAUUGCCUCGGGAAUGAAGUAUCUUGUCCAAAUGGAUAUAAUCCAUUGUGACUUGGCCGCAAGGAAUAUCCUCCUCAUGGACAACAUGAUGGCAAAAAUCUCGGACUUUGGACUCUCUAAAGUCUUGAGUAAAGGCAAGGAUUACUAUUGCCGUGGCAACAAAAAGAGGAUGCCAUGCUGGUGGAGUGCUCCAGAAGUACUCCUCUAUCUGAGGCUCACACACGAGAGUGACGUUUGGAGCUACGGCAUUGUCGCAUGGGAAAUCUUUACACAAGGAGAGACCCCGAACAUAUGUGAGGUUGGAGGCAAGGAAAUCAAGGACUUGAUUCACAUUGGACUAGAACACAUGAGGAAAGGUUUCCGUCUGAAGAAAGAGAAAACGAAAAAUUGUCCUGAUGAUGUUUUUGAGCUGAUGUUGAAAUGUUGGGCUUGGGAGGGUAAAGAUCGCCCACAAUUCUCCUUCAUUCAUGAGCAGUGUUUAAAUUUUCUGAGCAAGUACGGAGAAACCAUUCAACAGUAGUGAAAGCAGUAUAAAGAUGAUUUCUUGUGGGAAAUUAUAUCAAUUCCAACAACAAUGACUUAACAUAGGAAGAUGAUAUCUUCUGGGGAAAACAUUAUCUCUGCAGCGCUUGGCAUAUAAACAGGAAAUACAAUUUGAACUGUUUCAGUGGUUGUAAGAUAUUUCAUAUUCCAUUUUACCGCUACGUGAUAUGUCAAUCAGAGGUCUUCAGUAUGGUGUAUAAUUUACUUUGCUAUAAUUCUUGCCUAAUAGAAGGUGACAAAAUCAAAAUAUCAUUGUCAUAUAAUCAUGAAUGCAAUUAGAUAUUCUUUAACAAUUCGGUAAUAUUACUUUUUGAUGUCAUAAAAUAUGUUGUAGCGGAACUGGACUGGGUCGAUCACCGGCGUCCAGGUAGCUAAACUGUCUAGAGUUUAGAGGGUUCCUGGUUCGAACCCCGGUCUAGCUGUUGCGUUUCUCUUCCUCCUGUUACUAAAUUGGCGAGCUGGCCAACCUUUGUUUCAAGCAAUGGGUAAACGCUAAGCAAGGGGAUACCCGAACUUGGGUUGUAAACAGUGUAAUGUCAUC